UUUUUUUUUUCCCAACAACUUCAACACAACAUCAUGUCGGCUGCUCCAGCAACCCACACUCCCGCGGCCGCCGCUGCUGCUGCUGCUGCGCCCUCUGUCGCUGCGCCCUCUGUCACCGAGUCCAGCAGCAAGCGUGGCAUCCGCGCCAUCCUCAUCGGCCCUCCCGGCGCCGGCAAGGGCACUCAGGCUCCCUUGCUCAAGAAGGAGUUCUGCGUCUGCCACCUUGCAACUGGCGACCUUCUGCGCGCGGCUGUCGCUGCUGGCACCGAUGUCGGCAAGAAGGCCAAGCCAAUCAUGGACGCUGGCAAGCUCGUUCCCGACGAAGUCCUGAUCGACCUCAUCCAAGAGAACCUGGUCAAGCCCGAGUGCAAGAACGGCUUCAUCCUUGACGGCUUCCCCCGAACGGUUACCCAGGCCGAGAAGCUCGACGAGAUGCUCGACCACAAGAAGCAAAACCUUGACCGUGUGCUCGAGUUCAAGAUUGACGAUGCCCUCCUUGUUCGCCGAGUAACAGGCCGCCUCAUCCACUCUGCCAGCGGUCGCUCGUACCACGAAGAGUUCCACCCCCCUAAGGUCGCCAUGACCGACGAUAUCACCGGCGAGCCCCUGGAGCGACGAUCGGACGACAACGCCGAGACUCUUAAGCGACGAUUGGCGGCGUACCACCAACAGACUGCCCCGCUGGUCGAGUACUACAACAAGAAGAACAUUCUGUCCACUCUUGACGCUUCGCAGCCUGCCGAGCAGGUGUGGUCUACCAUCCGUGGCAUUUUCGCCAACUACACCAAGUAUCAAGACAGCAAGCAGACUCGUGCUGGCGCCAAGCUUUGAAAAGCGUUCACGCUCGAGUUUUCUUUUUUGUUUUCUGAGCAAAAACCAAUUCUGAACAAAAAAAAAAUUACCAACCA